AUGGAAGAAGAGAGAUCAGUAACUAUUUAUUUGGCGACAGAAAUUAAAUUUCUAAAUGUUCCGUAUCUUGCUGAGUGGACUGUUGAAGAUAUUUGUAUUGCGAUUUGCAAGCAAUUAGAGAUUGGACCCUUAGCAAGACACUUAUUUGCCUUGAGAGGCAAAUCAAACAAGUUGUGGAUUCCAGCGGGACACAAAUUAGAAACUCAUGAAAAAAAUAAGUUUGAGUUUAGAUUACGCUUCAAGCCUUCAUCUCUCAAAAGACUGAAAUUAAUAGACUCAAAUGCUUACAAUUAUUAUUUUCAUCAAGUGAGAUGCGACGUGUUAGAAAAUAAGGUAGCAGAUAUUGUCUAUGAGAAACACAAACGUGAAUUGAUUGGUCUGGGUGUUAGUGAUAUGUAUAGAGUUAUAGUAGAAAAACAAAUACCUCGUGAAGUGGUCGAAGGAGACUACAAAAAAUAUAUCCCGAAGGAGUGUAUAAAGAGACACUCUUUUUUUAUAAAAAAACCGAUUCACAAUGCGCUGGCAAGGAUAUCAGGGCACGACGCAGCCUAUGUUAAAGAACAGUAUUUAAAUCAGUUUGAGGUAAUGGCGCCUAACUAUCCUUAUGAGGAGUACAAAGCUUUGAUGGAUAAAAAUUUACCGGAUCCGGCAUCACGGAUCCUACUCAGGGUGAAUCCAUCUGAAGUUAUGUACUACGAGCUGGAUGUCCAUAACCAGUGGACUACCCUCUGUGCUAUUGAAGAUCUCUGCUCAAUUUCUAUUGGGCAAGACAAUACAGUCGAAGUAUCGCGAAAAAGUGGAAUUCCAUCAUACCUGAAAUUUUCAACUAAUGCUUUGUUGAUGUCGUUUGUAUCGGCGUUAGACGGGUAUUAUAGGUUGGCUGUAAAAUGGACAUUUAAUUUAUGUAGAGAUAUUAUCACCCCUAGUUUAGAAAAAUUACAUAAGAUGAAGUGUCACGGUCCCGUUGGAGGUGAAUUUUCUUAUGCAAAACUCAAGGAAAAACGCUCAAAUAAAUCAGGAACAUAUAUACUGCGUGAAUGUGAAAAGAAGUACAAUGUCUUUUGGCUUGACUCUUGUGGGAAAGACCAUAAACCUCGUACUUAUAAAAUCGAGCAAUUAGGCCCAGAAUCGUUCAUUAUUUCAGAAUCUGUACAGACAUAUAAAUCUAUUACCCACAUAGUAUCUUCGUUUAAUGAUUCUGAGCAAACAUUGUAUUUAUCUGAAUGUCUACCUCCCUCAGAAUAUGAUAAGUCUCCGUUGCUGAUCUGUGCAAUGACAGAGGUGUGCAAUGACGUUGCUGCAGAUGAAGAAAUAAUCACAGCGUUAUUAGAGGGUGAACCUCGUGUCAUUCCAUCUCAUCAAUUGCAAAUAUACAAAGCAAAUCCUUUUCCCGAGAAAAAUUCCAAGACAGUCACUAUCGGGCAAGGAUCAUUUACGAGUGUUUAUCGUGCCAUGUGGCGAGUAACCAAAGGAAAGAAGUUAGAAGCUGCUAUAAAAGUAUUGAGAGAUGAAAAGUCAAGGUACGCUAGAGAAUUCUUUGAGCUAGCUGGUAAAUGGGGCCAAUUACGAUCCAGCGCACUUGUUAGAUUAUAUGGCUUAACAGUUUCGCCAACAGUGGGAAUGUUGAUGGAACUGAUAAAAUUGGGUCCUCUUGAUGUCUAUCUUCAGAGUAAAUCAGCACAAAGUAUAAAAACGGUUGAUAUGGUUGAAGCCUCAGCAUGUUUAGCCAAUGCUUUAUGGCACUUGGAAGAAAAUGGAUUUGUUCAUGGAAACAUCCGAUGUCGAAAAUUAUUAGUUCACGUUCAUAGUGAUACUAGUUUUAUUAUUAAACUGGCAAACCCAGGUUUAUUCUUUUAUACACAAGCCGACAUUCACUGGCUGCCUCCAGAAACUUAUGAUAAUCCUGAAGAAGCCCGUCGAAGCACUCGAGCCGACGUUUGGGCAUUAGGAACAACGUUAUGGCAAAUUUUUUCUCGCGGAGCAGCACUUCCUGUCAACCGUGACAUCGAUUCCAUCAAAAGGUUUUAUUUGAGUGGAAAACGACUACCAAUACCCGCAGGCUGUCCAGCAGAGGUUUACAAGUUGAUGACCGAGUGUUGGGGUGAUCUAAGCCGACCAAGAAAACAGCCGCAAGCUAUUAUGAGAGAUAUACAUCAGAUACUGUAUCAAAUUUAUCACUCACGGCGGAGCCAUGCCUAUGCUACUGUUUUCCCAAAGUCAUUUAGUGAUCGUGAGCUUACUGACGAGAGUGAAAUAAUUGACAAUUCAUCAUCUGAUUGUGAGUCACGAGCAAGUAGUAUCUUUACCGAUCGCACUAGUCUUCCUUGGGAUGAUCCUGAUGACAGUGCAGCCAAAUUGAUUCAAUUCAACGACACUGACAAUGAUGCUGAAGAAGAAUUGUCGCUAUACUUGGGUCGGCUCGCAGGUGUUGGAGGUAUUGGAGACGGAGGGGCUGGCGAUAAUCUGGGAUUCAGUUGUCUACGUGAUGCUACUGUUGACUUAGUUAAUAGUUUGAAUGAAAGUAGUGGUCACAAUGGUGGUCCUCUUGGACAAAUGCAAGGAAUUUUCGAGCUGGAUGCUGACUGCAAUGUUAUUCUACAAGGUAAAAUCGGGCAAGGGUUUUACGGUGAAGUUUUUCGAGGUAUUCUUGAGCGAGACAACGCCAAGGACAUUGAGCCUCAGCUAGUCGCUGUUAAGAAAUUGAAAACUCGAGCUGUUGAGGCUGAUUUACGAGAUUUUGAGAGGGAAAUUUCUAUUAUGAAGACACUGAAUCAUCCGAAUGUCGUUAAAAUUCUCGGUGUAAUAUCAGAACCAGAAGUCUGUCUCGUUAUGGAAUUUGUGAAGCACGGAUCUCUCCAGAGCUACUUAGCAAUUCAUAGAGAAAACCUGACACACAAACGACUUCUUGAAAUUGCACUUAAUAUUUCCACUGGAAUGGAUUACCUCGGACGGCAAAGUAUAGUCCACCGAGAUUUAGCGGCUAGGAAUAUCCUGGUAUCUGACGACUCGACUGUAAAAAUAAGCGACUUCGGUCUAGCUCAGGUGACAGGAAGCAAUGAUUACUAUAUUCUACAAACCAAUCGAGAUCUGCCAAUCAAAUGGUACGCUCCCGAAAGCCUGCGAGACGGCAAAUUUUCUCCAAGAUCUGAUGUUUGGUCCUUUGGAGUCACGAUGUACGAAACUUUCGGGCUAGGAGAAGACCCCAAGCUUCCUGGUGUCGGUGGUCAACAAGGAGGAGAUAGCGCAGAAGAAGGUGGUGCUGCGUUGUUAGCAGCGCUGGAACGUGGUACACGACUACCGUGUCCUCAGAAUUGUCCACAAAUCGUUUACGUAAAACUUAUGUAUCCUUGCUGGCACCUGCAAAGUCACCUAAGACCGGACUUUGCCAUGCUUUGUAAUGAAAUUCGUGAUUUAAUUACCCAGUAUUGA